AUGGACGAGAAUGACUAUGUCGGGCCCUGGUGGGCUGACAUCCUGGCUGCCAACCUGCAGCUGGAAGUGGAGCUCUCAGAUGUCAGCUAUGGUCUGGACAUGCCCUUCGCUGACGACCCACGUAUCACUGCCGUGGUCUACAAGGACGCUCAUGGGAUUGAGCAUCUGAAGACUGGAUGCUACGCGGGUCCUGAUCUCGAUGGGCAGGAUGAGUUUGACGAGGGGGAGCAAAUCUUCCGGUGUCUCACAGUGUGCAUGGGUCGACCUGUGAUUGAUACUGAUGUGGUUUGCUCUUCUUUGAAUUACUCGUCUUCCCCACGGGGUCAGCGACACCCAUCAUGUCGGCUUGAUGUGAGUGAACUGCCUUGUACAGUUGUACAGUCAGGUUCGGUAGGCCGUCUGCACAGGAGCCCUCACCCGAUCCAGCUGCACCUUUCCUUUGGUGAUGCGAGCACUGCCUGCUUAAACCUUCUCCUCCGCCAGCUCUCGACCGGGGUUGGACCCAUCCCGCCCACUCCAACCGCAGGCGGCCGCAGGCCUGUCAUCCUUGAUGCCCUGUCGCAGUGUGUGCGGCCUGUUGCCUGCACCGCACUUUGCCCUCAUGCUGCUCAGCCCUCACCCGCCCUAUGUGAGGGCACUGUGCGCCCUGCCGCUGGCACGAGCCGACCUGCCACCUCGGGCCUUACUGACCUGCGACUCCGGCUCUCAGCACAGGUCAGCCUAUACCCGGCGGAGCUUGACCGCCCCGAACUUCGCGAGAUGCAGGUCUCUCAAUUCUGGUGGUUCUCCGGGUAUAGAGUUAGUGGGGGUACUUGUGAGACGCCUCAGCAGGACCGCUUUGCAUUGUUCACUACAUCGGCGCACGUUGAGGUCCGCCAGAUGCGCCGAGGGAUGACGUUGGGGGCUUUGGUUGCUGAGGUUUAUAGCCUAGUCCCUGGCCUACGUAGCCUGCGGGUCCUUCUUGAGCGUAUGGCCGGGUUCCCGGCGGUGCAAUUGGUGGCAACGACUAGGGAGGCAUCGGAACAGGCUCAUGCCACGCCCAUAGACCUUAGAUCAGUGGGCGGACGGGUGUGCACCCUGAACCUGCUAGCUGGCAGCACUGCCAACGAGGUCUCACUGGAGGUGAUGAACGCAUGCCCAGAGCAUCGCCGGCCACAGGGGCCCUUCCGUCUGCAUCUGCCGGACGGCCGCAAUUUUGUGGCGGUCCCUUACCAAGUUCUUGGACCUGAUUUUAUACAGGGACGUGCCCCGCUGGCUGUGGUGCCGCAUGCGCCUGGUGUAAGAGCUGAGGUUACUGAGGAUGACGACACAGCACUCAUGCAAACCAGCCUCUCUGUGAGUCUGCCCCAUGUGCAGCAUAAAGCCCCCAAUAAGACACUUGUGCCGCGCGUCGCUCCCAGCCAGCAGCCUUUCGACGCAGCAAGGUGUCAGGCCGACUAUGUCCGCGACGCAGACCGACAGGUCUCAGCACCGUCUGAAGUGUGGGGAAAUGACUCCUGCCUGGUUGCUUUUCCUGCCGGGGAUCCACCCACCCUUUUGAGGACGGAGGGCCCUCCACGGGCCAGCGUUGUACAUUCCACCACCAAGGUGCCGACAAUACUUCCCGAGAGACUUGCUGCCCCGAACCUACGAGAAAUCCCGGCGGGGCAGCUAUGCCUUUUCUGUCAAGCCCCUGCGCACCACAAUGAGCUCCGGCGAUAUAGUGUCUUCGACAGGAAUAGUCACCAUGCUGUUCGGAAGGCCUCUGUUCACUGGUCCCUCCUGGACUACAUCGUUGAUGCGGCCAGCUCAGCAAGUGAAGAGACUCAGAGUGUGCAGGUCCUGACUCUGCCCAUUGCUGACCUCCCUGAGCCCCAGCUCACGAUUACUCCGAUUGGCCUACCCCCGGGGGUCCUUGUGCUCCCUCUUGAUGCUCGUUCUAUUGGUGGGCCACUGUGUGCGCUACCCUUAUCGCCGGGCUUAGACUUUCAGAGGGUCCUCGAGGCUCUGGCCAAGGCUGCGCCGUCCACUGCGCAGCUUCUUGAGCAGGCUUUGCAACUUGACGGUGUGUUCCUGCAGGACCCCACUGGCCGGAUAUGGGAGACACUGCCCAUGGAUCUCAGUGAAGUGCAAUGGCUCAAAGCGGUCCUGGAACCGCGACGGCAACAACAGCUUGGGUGGCUUGUGACUCUUGGCAGACCUACCACACUGACCAGCACCGCGGUGAUCACCACAACAAGCCUCCAACCCCACGGAGACCGUCUCCUUUGUCCUGGCAGGUGGUGGCACUGUUAUCCGGCUGGCCCCGCAGCCCAUCCGACUGGCCAGUGUGCGGCAGUCCCUUUGCGAGCUCCUUUUCAUAUUGGGGUUGCAGGGCCGGGUGCCACAUCGACCUGUUGUGUCGCUUGCCUCUGCCGCGCCGCGGCAAGCUGCACAGCCUGCUAA